AUGAAGAAGGCUCGAUUUAAAACGAAAAACAGAAAGAGAGAUUAUGACCAAAUAGCCGAUGACACCAAACCCGAAAAAGCAGAAAAAUUGUUGAAUCAGGAGCCAGAUAUAGAAUUACCUGGCGAAGCCCAGUUCUACUGCGUGCCCUGUGCUAGACACUUUAUAGACGAUAAGUCACUCUCUUGUCAUCAGAAGUCGAAGAACCACAAGAAACAGAUCGCGAAAAUCCUGGACAAUAACGCAUUUGAUCACAAGGAAUCGCUUGCAGCUGCUGGUUUUGGAAGCUACCAAGCACCUGCGCCAAAGUUCCGAAAAAUCGACAUUGAUGUUCGAAAGGAAUCACUACAGAUGACAGAAUGA